AUGGGGAAAGGGAACGAUGGGUUCUGCAUUUUUCCUCUUACCAGUUUGCAAAUUGGAGAUUUGCAGUCUUACCUCUCAAAUAUUAGCCUUUUCCUUGCCAAUGAUAGUAAAAUGGUGUAUAUUUUGGUUGACAAUCGACCUUGGUUGAGAGACUUAGGGUACCAGAGCACACACUUGUGGCAAUUGAUGAUUACCAAGUCAAGGUUAUCACCUUUUGCCAUUUCCAAAGCUCGCGGAGAUCAGAGAAAGGAGGUUUGUGAAUCGAGCACUACAACUAAACAAAACAAGUUUCUAAGCUGGUCCUCAUUAAUCCAAGAAUUAACGCGCUCGAAAAAGAAGGUUACGCUUCCUGUAAAAAAUCUAAGGAAUUCCCUGCCCUUCUGCUUUGAAUUGCAUAGGACCCUCUAUGGCUUUAUUGUAUUUGAAGUUGCAUGGAAAAAUGUUUGUGGCAUCAGUUAUUUCAAUGAGCUUCAGACUGAUACCUUAAUGUACAUCCAAGCUAAAUUCAUGCAAAGAUGGGAAUUUGAUAGCAUAGCUCAAGCAGCAAGUUGUAUGUCUUUGUGGUUUUCAGGAAAGCUAUCUGAACAGAUGCAGUUGAAAGAGCAUUUGGAUUCUAUUGCAGGGGAUCAUUUUUAUGAUGCAUGUGAAGAUCUUUCUGGAACUGGACAUGGUGAUAAGGAUGACAAGAAUAGUAUCUGCAAUAGUAUUCUAACUGCUGAGGAUAACUCUGUCAAUGGUCUGGACACAAAUAUUGAAGAGUUUUCUGAGAACACUAAACAGAAACCAGGCAUAAAACUCACAACUUCUCCCCUUUCUGGACCUAGUAAGAGAAGAAAAGUAAUUAAUUCAUGUAGUGAUAAUCCUGACGAGGUUGAGAAUUAUUGCAAGGAAAUGCAAUCUUUGACAAAUUUUGAGACAUCUAGUAAUGUUCCUGAGGAUGCAGCUGAAGCCACUCAAUAUAAGGAUGUUCUAAUAUCAUUUAGGUUUAAUGACCAUGACCUCCCUUUUAAAUUAAAAGAAGUUAUAAUAUUUGAUCUUCGAUUACUUACUUUGUUAGAGGCGGGGCUCCCAUCUUGGGUCAUCUUCCUCCAGUCAUACCCAGUAGUCUGCAAUCUGUAUCGCCCAUGGAUGUGCCUGCUGGCUCGGGUUUUAUAUGUGACAAUCUCACUUGCCACUGUCCUCAUUGGAUUAUAUGACUUGUACAAGAAUGUUCCAAUUCUUAAGGCCACUGCAUCUCAUUUAUUUGGCCCUUUUUUUGAUUGGAUAGAAACUUGGGACAUGGUUUCAAGGAUUAAAUACCUAGGAACAAUGUUGUUUCUGCACAAUUUAAGAAAGGCUUUUGGCUGGUGUUUGGCAUUGGCAAAUGCAAUACGGUCCUUUUUCACAAUUCUAGUUCGUCCUCUCACAAAGCCAUUGGUGAUGGUCUUUGAAUUUCUUCUUCCCACCUGGAACAUUCUGUUUGAAGUAGUAGAAAGCAUCUUCUAUGCUGUUUGGGAUGUGAUUAAUGCUCUGGGCGACAUGGUAGGACUGAUAUUGGAGCUUCUCUUCACACCACUGUGGUUUAUUGUCACUGUUGUUUGGAGUGUUACAUCAUCAGUCCUAUAUCCUAUAUUUUGGAUUUCCCGUGAAAUUGUAUAUGCUCCUAUACGUCUACUUGUAGCAAUGUCCAGUUUUAUGGCUUCCACAUUUAGUUGCAUGGUUAAUAUACUUGGAGCUACAUGGCAGUUUGUUAGUAGCAUCUUCCAGCUUGCAUCAACUUCUGAAGCAACAGCUAGCAGAAGUGAAGUUUCCAUGUGGCGUGCUCUUUGGAAGGACCUUUUUUCCCAGAUAUUCCGUGCUCUCAGGCUUAUAUUAAAUGGAGUUGCUGAAUUCCUUGCAGCAUGUAACAGGCACAGACUAAGCAUUUAUCAUCAUAUACAGGAUUUUAUCAGAGCAUUAUGUCACAAGUGCCAAGCAUCACAGCAAAUACAUUUAAGAGACGUACAAAAUCUUAAGAGUGAUAGGCAACAAGCAGGAAGGCAGUGGUUGCUUGUGUACUACUCCUUCUAUCUCUAA